GCCACAGCGAGAGCGGAUACCCAAAGGAUCUAACGGACAGGACUCCCCAGAGAAAAAAAAACAAGGGGAGGAAGAAGAGAGAGUGAGAAAGAAAGAGGAGGACGCAGGAUCAAGGGAUGACAUAGCCAAAGAUAUGAGGAUCCUACAGCUGACUGAAUGUGUGGAAGUAAGUUUUUUUCUUCUGAUUAUUUCUUUUUAGAACAACACAAGGUGGUUGAAUUAUUUAGAAUAAGCAGAAAAAGACGAGCUGAUCCAGUGGCCUCAUUAGUAAAGGGCUGCUUGGACUGAAUGGUGAGUUCUGGGAUGACUGCCAAGAAGAGCGUCAAUGAACUUUGGUUCUCCAUGAAUGGAACCAGCUGCCUGAAUAAUGAAUGAAUAACAAGAGAGAUUACUUGACUCAAACAGCCAACGUAGUGAAGUUUUGGGAAUAUGCCUUUACCUCAAAGUGACUCUAACAUUUUUUUUUAUCUCUUUCUUCUCCAGAUCUUGAGCUUUAACCAGCGUACCUAAGACAAGGGACGGACCCGACCCAACCAAAGUACUCUAAAAACCAAAAAGCAACCCAAACCAAAAAACUGAACCAAAGCAAGCGAAGGUCCAAAAACCAUCAUCUUGACGAUAUCAUCAGGAUGAAGCUGGAUAGCACAUCGAGCGAUAUGAGUGGAUGGAGGGAGGUGGAGUUUGCCUUGAACUGCACCUACAUCGUACCGGACCAGGUGUCGGACCCGAGUUUCAGCCUGCCCAAAGCGAUGACAUCCAUCCCCCGCAACCUUACCUUUGAAUACGGCGCAGACAAUGAGGUAAGAAGAAAGAACCUCAUCUUUUCUGUAGGUUAGGAAUCUUGAUGCUAUUUUGGGGACUCUGGAGUCGCCCAAAUCGAGCAAGUGUUCAGAUUUCGAGAUAUUACAUAACGUUCUGUCGCGCCAUCUGCGUUUAGGUCCUUGGAACAAAAGAUCUGCUGACUAAUGAGUUCUUCACACAUACAGUAGAGUGCACAGAGAGUGUGUGUGUGUGUGUGUGUGAAUGUGGGACAGUGGACAUGAUGAGGCCACUAUCAGCUUGAGGUCAGGGGCCUUACAGGGUCUUCCAGCCAACUUAUCUCCCACUAUGUCACAGAAGGAGUGAAGUCCUUGUGUAACUCUCACACACAUGUAAUGAUAGGGGUAGAUACUGAAGAUAUAAACACAUACAGAUGUGGGACAACAGUUCAUUUUCCUUCAUGUGAUCGAAUUGCAUAAGAGUUUCCAUCUCUCUUUUUUCCCUUUAUUUACAACCUUCUGUCCUCUUUACCUCUUACGUGCUUGUAUGAGUCAGUCAUAAUAUCUCUGUGCUAUUUCAGUCAGCUGACUGUCGUAAAAUCAGGUACACGCCUGAACAUGUCACCCAGAGCAGAGCGCUGCAAUCGUGCCUCCCAGCAAAGUUUCAAACAGACCCUGAACUGCAGCAAACGAAAGAAUCAUCAUCUCGAAAGGAAGAGAUGAAGCGAGGGAUGUCACACGUCUUUUGUAGUCGCAUUUGACACUAAACACUCUGCUGCUUGUGGUCGACUUGCACUCCCCCCUUCCUCUUUUUGUCAGGGACCCAGGCGACACUUUCUGCUGUUCUUCCUCUUCUUGUGCUCUUAUACUCUCAUCUCUUCCUCUUUUACUGCUGCGGGAUGAGAAAAGCAUGCAAAAAGAGGUGAUACAAAUCUCUUUGCGGGUUAAUUUUGCGCCCCAGUGCCGUUUGCAGGCAGACUAACACAUCUCGCUAUAUACUUUAUGCAGCCAAACUUGAUUUUGACGACUGCUCACUCCCACAUGAACGCAUACUUCUAAAAACGUCUUUUUAAUCUCGUUUUACCUCUUAAUCACAACUGACACAUAUUCUCAGACACAUGAGCGCUGAUGAAUUUGUUCGUGACCUGAAAGUCCAAACGUCAGAAAAGAAAAAGAGACAUGAAAACAAGCACACAUCCACAUGCUUGCCAGUAAAUCUGCUCUGCCUCGACUGGCCCUUUGAGUUUCCCUUCCUAAAGACUUGUCAUAUGAAUUUUCCUCCUUGACUUAAGCUGGGAAACUUAUUCCCUUCACUGAUCAUAAUGACAGCCGCUCCUUUGUGUGGGUUUCAUGGGAUGGUACACACACUUGUCACCUUAAGGCACAACUAAAACAGUUAUCAGGAAACACAAAGGAAGGGGAUUUUUCACACAGGUGAGUGUGCAAGAUUCUUGUCUCAGCUGACAAGAUGAGUCAAAUCUGGAGACUCUGAAUGGAAACAGAGAAUAGAGUCAGUGUUUUGGUCACACUUGUUGACAAGGAUGUUUGGCAGGCUUGAUCUUGAAAUCUUAGUGGAUUUUUUUACACCAUCAUGCUCAAAAGUACAGGUGCCUCAAGGGUGAGCACUGGGGGCACGUGGCAGAUGGGAUGAGUAACGGGUGCCAGAGAGCUGAAGAAGAUGCUCUCAACGCAGGAUAUGGGGAGAUGGAGAAGAAGGAGAAGGAGGAGGGUGUGUGGGGUGGUGGUGGGGAGGGAUUUAGGUUAAAACCAGAUGAUUAACUUUCGUUGAGGCCAGGCAGCCGGCCAGGCAGCCAGCCAGGCAUCAGGCCCCGACCUGGCGGGCGCACGAUCUAUUCCGAGAGGUUUGAGAAAAGACCAAGGAGGAUUGUGGGGGGGAGGGCAGGAGAAAAAGGAGGGCGCUCAGUAGUGUAAUAGCGUGGGUUCAUUCAAGAACGCUCAUGGUCUUCUCUCUCUCGCUCUCCCGUUCUUCGACCCCCCCUUCCUCCCAACCUGGCUAAACUGAGCGGUUAAGCAGCAGAGGCGGCCACAGCGAUUCGUUAGUCACGCAACACCAGAAAAGCACAAUGUCCCUGUCACACUGGUUCAUCGCAUCCGGGAAUCACCUCAGUUGCCUCGACACACACUAACACACACGCUCCUGCUGCCCUCAGUGACCUGUUGUUCUUCUAAUUAAGGUCUUAACCAUCAUUCACUAGAUCCAGCUCCAACUUUCUGAGUAGUCAAUCAAAGUCUUAAGAGUUCGUCGUCUUGAUUUUUAAAGUUUGAAGUGAACGCAGGGAUUCAAAAAUCUCUUUGCAGGUAGUUUUAAACGACUUCUCAUUAACGGCAGAAUAAAUAGUGUGUUUAUGUAAGGGGGGAGAGUGGGUGAUGGGUGGGUGGGUGGGAGUGGGGGGGGUAUUUAAGGAUUGAACACAAAGCUCCUCAAGACACCGAGGCUGUGCGUAUGGCACAGAUGCUGUUGCCUGAUGGCGUGUGUGUGUUUGGGUGUGAGUUGAGGAGGCUUGACCCCAAGCCUCGGCACUUUCUAUGAAAGUGUGAACCCUAAAGCUGUUGUACACAACAAAAGGGGCACCGGUGUACCCCAUUGGUUGGUUAAACUGAUAUAACUCUUGUGAGAACCAAACCUUUUUAUUCUAAAACCUUUAAAAAAAUAAAUAAAAAUUGAACCUACAAGGACAGAAAUGACUCAAAAACCUGCAAAACAAGGCUGGCUUUGUACGUCCUAAGGCAAUCUGCUCAUAGUGAGUCCCACGCUCGUAUUUUGCAAUUCCUACUAUUUGUAUGGACAGGCUUUUGAAGGCCCCACUGGUUUCAUCAUCUAUGGGUUGUGUCAUUGAGGCUUUGAUUGUAAAUCUGACUAAAUCUGAUUUGUCUUGUCCUUCAAACUCUUUAAAUCGUUCAACAUCAGAGUCCUGUAUUCAUUAAGGUCCUGGGGCAAACAGGUGACACCGCCGCUUCCUCUCUCCGGUGUUUAUGCGGGCAGCAGGUCAGAGAUCAGUAGAGUAGGUCAGAGAAAGUGUAAUACUCCUUAUUCGUUUAACUCAUUAGUGUCGAAAGUGUGUCACCUUGUGGGUUUUAGCAUGGCUCAGGAUUGUCUGGGUCAGCGUGACAACAACGCCACAACAACUUUAGACGACACAAACACAGGCGACGUACUGUAUAUAAGAUUAGAAACAAGGAGUAAUUCCUCGACUUGGGCUUAAAAGAUCGCCUUCUUUGUGCGGGAAAACUGAAUGUAACGAAGUCUUUGGUCUGUCUUGCAGGUGACAGGAGUUUUCAGCAAAGAAUACAUUCCUCAAGGCACUCGCUUCGGCCCCCUGCAAGGAGACAUCUACACCAAAGACAACGUCCCAAAACAGGCCAACAGGAAAUACUUCUGGAGGGUAAGGACAACAAACACAAGCGUGAAAGUUUUGUAUUUGCAGACAUAAAUACUGUGACUCUGGUGAAUUGCAGGAGAAAGUCUCAAAUGAGGAGCGGUGUUAGGCUUAUUUUCACCUUCCUCUACUUUUCUAUAAGUUGCUUGGGUACAGAAGUUUCACAUCAAGCCCAGAGUUUGUACGUCAGUAAGGAAACAAGAAUGGCUUUCACACAGAUCUCAGUGGUGUACUCAAAAUUUUAGAGGAAAAAUUUUAGAGGAAGUUGUCGCUGCCUGUAGCACGUAACAAUGGAUUCAUGCUUACACAGUCAUCAGCGCUUUACCGGCACUCAGGUCCUGUAUGUGACAUGUGUCACAUUCACAAAGGAAGCAACCAUUGUUCAACACACACACUCAGAAAGCUCACACACAAUCCUUGUCUUUCACUCCUUUCGAAGUCUUCUUAUCCUUGCUUCUUUUGUUCAGACUCGUCUAAAAAUCGCCCCUUGUGUCACUCAGGAAAUUCUCAUUUCUGCUGAGUCAAUUCCCUUAAGGGCUUUUCGCUGUCGUCCCACGUAUUUUCCUUCCGGCUUUGUUUCCUGUAAACCUGUGUAAGGGGGUGUUCCUGGCGUGCCGCAAUAGUGAAAGUCUGACGUUGUUCUGGAGUAAUUAUGCUGCUAUCAUCGGUGCGGGAGGAAGGCGGACGUGCUGCCAGCUACAUGCCUCUGUUUGUGUGUUUGGCAGCCUGCCAGCACCUGUCAAGUCGGUUCAAUUUCCCUCCAAUAUGUUUAGUUUUAUUCAUUUUCUUGUUCUUGAAAGACGUGGUUAUAAUAAAAUCACUGACAUGUAUUCAAAGAAGUACACUGCCGCUUAGAAACAAUAACAACACUGAGAAGAAAGGAAAGAGAAAUGAGAAGAGGAAGGAAAAAGGGAGAGUGAAGGGGGCAGUACUGAGAGCCACGCCUCCACACUUCAAAAGAGUGAAACACAGGCAUCAACACACACAAGAGUGAAACCGUCAGGACACACACAUCAGAACAGACAAACAAACCUGAACUUAUCAUUACAGAAGAUAAAGGAUAUUUCACUGUACAUGGCAGAGGUGAAUAUUAUGAUUAACUUGUAAUUUUAACAUUUAUCUAAGACUGUUUUAUUUAUAUCUAACAUUUUAUCUACUAAUUAUGUUUGACAUAUUUUUAAAUUUUACAUAUUUAGAGUAGUGAAACCAGUUUUAAUUAACCUAAUAUGCAGCUUAUACUUGUGUUUCUUUUAUAUUUAAUUUCUGCUAAUAUCUUCAAAUCUCUUUUUUUCUUCUUCUGCAGAUUUACAGUGGUGGCCAGCUCCAGCAUUUCAUUGAUGGCUACGAUGUGCACAGGAGCAACUGGAUGCGAUACGUCAACCCGGCCCGCUCCGUGGCCGAGCAGAACCUGGUGGCGUGCCAGAACGGCAGGGACGUCUACUUCUACACCAUCCGACCGGUGGAGCCCAACCAGGAGCUGCUGGUGUGGUACAGCCAGGAGUUUGCGCAAAGACUCUGCAGCCAACAAGUAGACGUCAAACAGAGUGAGUGCACCAAGAGCUGAAUGAUUUGCUAAUUUAUUUCAUUAUGUGAUGGGGUGAAAGUAGACUCAUUUUUCUUGGGGUUGUCUCGGCUCAGUUUUCUUAUUUUUUUGAGAUCUUUGGCUCUUACUAUGUUAUGUUACAACAGUUUGCGUCAGUAGGAGAUGGAUAUCAUCGGAAAAAUUCCUUCAUUUCAAAGCGAAUAAAAACUUACUAUUCGCUUCAGUGACUUGAUUUCAUCUUUUAUCAACUCUUAAAGCUUGUGUGAUGCUGUUUAUCCCCGUCUGGUCCAUUGAACACAACAAAAUAUUUAUGUAAGAUCACGGGAGAUUCGCACAAACGUAGACGAAACAAAUCUCAGUGUUUGAAUAGAUGUGGAAAAUGACGUAGGAUUUUCAGGAGCGCAGGGAGUAUGGCUGGGCAAAGUACCUUUGUGAGUCAUUUGUUGUCAGCUAUUAGUAGAACAGCAAGUCAUACCCUCAUCAUGCUGAACGAUGCCACAAAGUCUGGUGACUCAUGCCAACUGGAUAUACCAGAAGUGUCGCCGUUCAAAUUGAUGACUAAUGCUAAGACAGUGUUUCCUUAACAUAGAGGAUCUUAUAGGAUUUCACCUGUCCUUUCAACCCAAGUCCAGAAAAACUGCUGUUUCAUACAAGCAGGCAGCUCAGGUAGUGGUCACUGUAGGGCGUGUGAACACGGACAAUAGUCAGAAUAGUUUUGGGCUUUUGUCUUUGUUUAUAAAGACAAUACGACAAACCCAGGUGAUUCUUCAUAAUUACGUUUAUGCAGGGAGGAACAUUGCAUAGAAAGAGGACUUGCACUUAAACUGACUGUCAUGACGAACCGGGUACAGUGACAUGAAACAGAGGCUGACAUCCAGUAAUGGUGACAAAGCCUUGCAAGAAAGGCUUUCUCAAAAGGAGAAAGAGAAGGAGAAAAAAAAAAAAGGAAGAGAUGUUUCACAUUUUCUUGUGGCCGGUACGGUAAGACAGCCAUACCAAGAAAAAGGUUUCACAAAUGAAACCUAGAAACUUGCUGCACGGCGGACAGUGACACAUGGACUCCCACAUGUUCAAACCACCGACCUGUUCUCCCACACUAAAAAACCUCCACUGUGAUUGACAAACAGAAACCCUCACUGUUUGAUCUCUGAGUCACGUCAAAACUGAAACUACUAUCAUUUACCAUAAGAGGGAGUGCCUUUGUGUGGGUGGAUGUUCAGUGUCAUGUUUAAGAUGUUGUAGCUGAUCGAUAAAACAAAUAGAUAUGGGAUGUGUGGGUUUGUUGUUGUUUUUGUAUUCGAUGCCAGUAUUCACACAUCGGGUAAACCUAACCCUAACGCUGACGAUUUCUUGGUUUCCUGUGUUGCAGAAUACACGAGCUCCGAUGAAGAUUACGAGCCAGAGUACACAAAACAGCACCUACCUCAGCAGACCUGGCUCAAGGACAGAACAAAAGAAGAGGUGAAAGAGGAAAGAGAUGAAGAUGGGGAGGAGAAGAUUGACGUGGAGAUGUUAGAGCGAGACACUCCGCCAGACACACCUGACGACCAAAUUAUGGACUUCAGCAAGAAGGUUGAAAAGGAGGAACCGUGUGACAGAGAACCCGAAGAUCGGGACAUCGUUCCCUCCCCUCAGCCCGAUCGCAGAGAUCCAAGUUUGGGCGUAAACCACCCAUACUUACCCGAUCACCAUCCGUCAAUCCCAUCUGCACACAGAAGUCUUCCUCUUCACCUCCAUGGCCUCUACGGGCACAGGGAGGGACUUGUUUCAUCGUACCCACUUUACCCUCAGUCCAGACCCCUCCAGCCUACUUACCAGCUCCUUCCUCCCUUCAGCUCACACUAUCCUCGCCUCCUCCUCCCUUCCUACUCCCCUCCCUUUCCAGGGAUGCUACCCUCAAGAGGAUCCCUCCGAUACAGCAACUACCUGGGCACAGAUGGACUCCCGUAUCCACCAGUCGGACAGCCCAACCUCCUUCCCGUAUCCCUUCCAUACCCUCCAUCUCCCCAAGGGGGUCUGAAAGAACUUACACCCAAUGUGUCACCACCACGAGGCGCCCCAGCCACCCCAGAGCUCUCUCCUGUCCCCAAGCCCAGUCAGUCUCCCGAGCAGUCGCCCUCUGGCUGUGAGGAAGCCAUGAAUUUAAGCCUGGCUACGACCAAAAGCAACACAGCGCCACGCAACGGCCCGGGCCACAAAUCCCUGCCGUACCCACUGAAGAAGCAGAACGGCAAGAUCCAGUAUGAAUGUAACAUCUGCUCCAAGACUUUUGGACAACUCUCCAACCUCAAGGUACAACUUAAAAUCCUCGAAUUUGUACUUUGACAUCAGUUUAAUAUCAAUCCUCAAACACAAAAGCUGACUGAUUUUCCUGAAUUAUUACAGGUUCACCUUCGAGUGCACAGUGGUGAGAGACCGUUCCAGUGUAACCUAUGCAAAAAGAGCUUCACUCAGCUAGCCCACCUCCAGAAACAUCACUUGGUCCACACGGGGGAGAAGCCGCAUGAAUGCCAGGUAUGUUAGAAAUCACCGUUUUCUAUGAGCUCUGUUGUCAUUUCGAUGAUGUGACGUGUAAAAUCGAGAGUAGGGAACAAAAGAAAGAAAUGCACAAUACACAAUACACCUUCUCUCUCUGACUCACUUACCUUUCUGGUAAGGCAGAGUCUGUUUGAUUUUCAUCAAGCCACAACCCACCUUGUCAUGUAAUGGUAUCCCUGUGCUUUGUUUGCUUGUGUGACUUUGUGGGCGUGAGUGUUGUGAGUAAGGACAGAACUGGUCUUACAAAGAAAGGGUGGUAGUCCCUGAUUAAUGAAAGCGUUUCAGACAACUGGAAUAACACGAUCAACCCUGAUACUGUCAAAAUCAUCAAGAUGACAUCAAACUGCACUGCCAAGUUUUUCCAGAAGAAUCCUAAACCCAUCCCUUUUAGUUGUCUUAAGGUGUUACUAAAUAGUGAUGUGAUUAGUAACCUUUCAUUUUCAUGUUUUUCAGGUGUGUCACAAACGCUUCAGCAGUACCAGCAACCUGAAAACACACCUGCGGCUUCACUCCGGGGAGAAACCGUAUCAGUGCAAGCUGUGCAGCACCAAGUUCACUCAAUACAUCCACCUCAAACUGCACCGCCGCCUCCACAGCAGCCGUGACCGCCCCUACCGCUGCCAGCUCUGCUCCCAGACCUUCUUCCACCGCUUCUCCCUCCGCAUUCACCAGUGCAGCUGCUGCCUGGCUAACUCGAACGCGCCCAUUAACGUACACAUGAAAGAGAUGGUGGAGCGGUUCGACGCCAGUCAAGAGGCCGACACGCUCACGGAGACGGCAUCGGCGAUGCAGGUGGAGGAGGCCGUCGAGCGCUGGCUGGCUCGCACUUUGGAAGGGGAGGGGAAGGAGGACCAGAAGGAGGCCACCAUCCUGCUAAAAGCUCUGACGGCCGCUAUCAACGCACCGACACUGCCAACGACCCAAUCAGCUCUACCCGCAUUACAUCACAACCCUUCACCGGCCUAUCAGGAGAGAGCCAGUGUCGUCCAUCUGCAUAAAAGGCAAACCGUUAAGACGGAAGGACAGUGAGAGGUCGUCAAAUCGACCGAAAGAGCAGACAUCGCCAAAUAAUGCUUCCUCUAUUGUCCACGAAGGACACAGAGGAACUAUGAACUUCCAUAAUCCAACGAGCGCAGCACCAAAAUAAGAGCAAUCCAAAGACUGAGCGAGGGUAUUCAGUGAUUGUACCGCCUCCCAAAGUCCGAUGACAAAUAAUAAUAAGAGGGAGGAUGUUGUUAAACUGUGAAGUAUUGUAACUCUUUUCACUCAGGUAGAGAAGUGUUUGCUUUUUUUGUGCUUUAACUUAUUACCUUUCGGCAAAUCAAGUCAUCUUUAUUUAUUUAGUUGUAUUAUAGUUUGUGUUUUUCCGCUAGUGUUUUUCCCUACGUGUUGACAUUUCCAAGGAGAUUGAAUCUCUUGGGGUAUAAAAAAAAAAAUGGACUCAGGAAUGAUAAUGUGGUGUAAACCUGCGGACGAGUCUUUGUGAUGUUUUCGAGUGUGCAUGUGUACCACGAGGUCGUGAAAUGAAUGAAAAGCGCAAACCCUCUUCACGCUCCUCAAUUUUAUGCAUCUAUUUUAUUUAUUUAUGAUAUAAAGGGAAAAAAAUAAGGUACCUUGAACUUGUGUAUUCAUGAGCAAUUGCCAAAAUUACACUGAAAGACCAGAAACGUGUACAGUAUUGCCAUAUCGGAUCAUUAUUUCACUGGACAAAGCAUUACUUACCCUUUUUAGCAUUUUCUCACACCUCAGAAUCAAAUAUGUUCUGGAUAAAACCACAUCGCACCAGAAGAAAGACAUGCAGGAUUUACCACAUAUUUAGUAUUACAGCAGGAUACGUUCAAGAUUCUCCACGAAAGGGCUUCAUUCUCCUCUACUGCACUCUUCUACUGUUUUACUCUUUUUUUACUAGAUCAUACAAAGCUUUAAUGUUAACGUCUGUGAACUUGAGCUGCAUCCAAACUGUAAUUUAGACACCAGAACCUCAUAUUCUGCGCCGGACAACAACAACAACUACUAGCAACACAAGAGCACGUUUUAUCUUUCACUGUUGGUAUUUUCGUCACUUAGCACUGAAGAAAAGACAGAGAAAUUUCUUAACAGCUUUUAACUACUGAGCCAGUAAUGUACCUAUUUUGUCAUGUCGUAGUUUUCUUAACUCUUGUAUCAUAUGUUUGUCCAUGUAGUUUAUUUUUGGAAACAGGUUAUAAGAUGUUAAAAAUUUAUAUGUGAGAGACUAUUUUGAUGAUACUUUUAUAUUUACACGAUGUAGCACAUUAAAGAUAUUGUUUCUACAUA